AUCAGAAUUGAAAGAAUUAAUUUUUGGAGAAAAAGAAACUGAUUAAAUCACAUAUUUUGGAUCAUUUUUCUUGGCAACUUAACAAGGGAUAUAUAGAUGUUUUUUUUCUUGUCUUUCUUAUUAAUUAUUGUUGGAAUUUAUUUUUUUACAUGAAUUAUUUAUUUACCAUGGAAGAAGAGUACAGGCACUAUAAAUUGGUUAUAUGUUCGAAAAUGCUGUGUGAGUAUCCGCAAAAUAAAUGGUUUCCGAAUGUUUGAUGUGGGUUAUAGCUUUGAAACGUUGUAAUCCAUUACGUUAUAUGUGAAAGGAAUUAAUUGUCUUGCUUGUUGGUUGAUUGAAUAUGUGCAUCAUUUGGCUUGUUUACUGCAAAGGGAGUGUUGGCGUAUCUCUGCACAAGAUCGUUGAUUUGUUAGAUGGGAGUGUUAUUUUACAAACAAAAUGUCGAUGCACAUCCAUUUGUGUAUAAUAUGUAUGAACAACCACCAAAAUGAAGUCCACGGUUACUUGCAGUAAUGGCAUCUUGAAUUAAUCUCUUUGGUUUGUUCUAUAACUUCCCAAAUUAAGAUGGUUUCUUCAGAGGAAGUUCCAGACAGAGUUUCUCCCAAGGAGUUGCAGAAAAGACAGAGCCUAGAUGAUGGGACUGACACAAAACCACAGACCCAUGAUGUUGGAGGUGCUUCACAACAAGAAGGAAUCUCUGCUUCAUAUGCCCCUGGGAAAUCUUUGGAGAAUAUUGGGGGGCGUAUAUCGGAGUUGGACAAAGAAGGAAGUGUUUCUUCUAUAACACCGCGGAAGGUCUCACAUACCCCUGGCAGUGAUCUCCGUUCCUUGCAAUCUGGUCAGGAAGGAAGGACUCCUAUCAUGCGGGAAAAAGUGUCAGAGGAUGGAUAUCACUGGCGAAAAUAUGGGCAGAAAUUUGUUAAAGGAAAUGAAUUUAUACGGAGCUAUUACAAAUGUACACAUCCAAGUUGUCAAGCGAAAAAGCAGUUGGAAUGUUCACAUGAUGGGAAGCUUGCUGAUAUUGUUUACCUCGGUGAGCAUGAGCAUCCCAAACCUCAACUUAACCUCCCGCAAGCUGUUGGUUGUGCCCUGCCCGUUGUUGAAGAAAAACCUGAUCAUCUUUUAUUCACUGGUGUUGAAGAAAGUCAUGAACCUCAUCCGAUUGAGUCAACAAAUACCUCUCAAAUCUCUUCUGUUACGUCCAGUGAGGAUGUGAAACGUGUGCUAUCAGAACCAAAAAGGAUAAGGGAUGAGGUUGAUGUAGAUGAUGAUCAACGCUCAAAACGACGGAAGAAAAGUAGCUGUAAUGACAGGUCUACUCCUGUAGAUACACCAACUAGUGAGCCACGUCUUGUCAUUCAAACAAAAAGCGAGGUCGAUAUUGUCAGUGAUGGGUAUCGAUGGCGUAAAUAUGGGCAGAAAUUGGUAAAAGGCAAUCCAAAUCCCAGGAGCUACUACAGGUGUUCAAGUCCUGGAUGUCCAGUAAAGAAACAUGUAGAGAGGGCAUCUCAUGACCCAAAAUUGGUUAUAACCAGUUAUGAGGGACAACAUGAUCACGAUAUGCCUCCUUCUAGGACUAUUACUCAUAACACAACUGGUCUCAACACUUGUACAACUACCAUCCAGAAUGGCGAGUUAGGUACAAAAUCAGGAGAAAGCAAUGCCAUUUCCCUUGAAAUGGUUGCGUAUAAUAGUUCAGAUUCCAACAUCAAAUUGGAGGAGAAACAUUCCGAGUCAAGAAAUAAAUGGAAAGAAAGUAAUUCAGGCCAUGAAAGUAAAUCAUGUGAGCAGCAGACUGGCAACACAAAUGCCACGAAAGUAAGUGGUGCUGCUAACCUUGAUAUUGUUGUCAAUACCAAUCCUGUGUCAGCAGGUAGAUCGACUGAGCAACAUGAUGGUGAGUCAAGAAUUGAGCCAAAAGAGAACAGUGCUGCUUGUGGUGUCCAUAAUAUUACCCCAGGUCCAGAGAGUAAUCCAAAUGAACAGCACGUACUAAAUUCAGAGCCUGUCCAAAGCUAAUUGAAACAGAUUGAUUUUUAGCAGGGAGGAGGGAAACGACCUCCAGAUGUAUAAAUUACUCCUAUAGGUUAAUUUAUCAUAAAAUCUGUAGAGUUUCGCAGCAAGUAUCUAGCAUGCAACUUGUUUUGUUAACAGCAUGUUUCAUCCGUUGUUUUGCUGAUUAGAUGUAAAACCAUUUGAAUUUGGUAAAGAGAAGGUGUUCCCAAA